GAUCGGUGGUUCAUUGAGCAGGCCCAUCUUUUGCGACGCCUCCAACAACGGCGUAAUUUCCUCGAGCAGCGGAUCCUCACCCUUAUGUCGGCUUCAGAUAAGAAAAUUCCGGUUUACCUCACGUCACAACAAGCGGACCCUCCCAAACAACGAGGAAAGCAACCACGGUCGCGAAAUCCACAUCGACGAAGUCCAAGUACAUCUACAUGCCGAGAGGCUGUGCAGCCGAAACUGGAGUUGGAUGAGAAGAGAUUCUGUACAGAGCAAUCGCAGCCCUACGUGCAAUCCAAUAGUAGUCUCGCUGUGCGACCUACCCAUACGGAGCGUUCCAUCCAAUCCCUAGUAGAAGUGUUCAGUGUCGAUGUUGACGGCAGGCGCACGGUGCCCGUCUGGCUGGAGCAAGCGGUCCAGAUGCGCUCCAGUUCCCCCCUACUAUGUGCGGCCAUCGAAGCCACAUCCUUUGUCCUGAUGGGCAAAAUCUCGUGCGAUCCGAAGUCCACCCAUUCUGGUCUGGUUCGGUAUACAUGUGCUUUACGAUUAGCAGGGUCGGCGAUAUGUGACGCACAGAGACGCUUACGCGACGAUGUUUUCGUGGCGAUCACUCUGUUUGGAAUGAUUGAGAUGUACGAAGGAGGCUCCAAGGAUGCUCUCGUAAAGCAUCAACAAGGAGGCCUAGAUUUGCUAUGCCUACGAACUCCGUUGAACCAUUGCAAAGGCGUGGGCCACUCUAUCUAUGCAGAUUUGCGCCUAUCAUGGAUCCUCUCCGCGAUAUCACACGGACGGACAUUCCUGGCGACCGACGACUGGAAAACCGUCCCCUGGACCGAAGCAAGCCCACGAAGCAACCUACAUAGCCUCCUGGACAUCGCCGCGGAUAUUCCCGGGCUUUGGAGGCAAAUGGGAUGCACCUCGCCAAGCUCGGACUCUUCUUCUAGCUGUACCUCGUUCGAUGAGUUUGAGUACACUGCCGAGGAUCAAGCCACACAAAUAAUCCAUCGCCUACAAGAGUGGAGGGAAUCUCAACCCGUCCAUAUCCUGCCCGAACCUACCGAGGCACUUUUCACAGUCAGGGACGAUUUUCCGGUGUUCGAGACGCACGAUUCUACAUCGGGAGCUCAUAGACCACGGGACCUGGUUUACCCUAAUGUUGACGUGUGUGUGGCAACCAUUGCCCACUGGGCUUUUUGCCUUGCAGUCCCUACCGGAGCGUCACGAACUUGGCGUUAUCAAUAUGCCUGCAACAUAUGCCGCAGUAUGAGAUUCUGCGUGCAAAACUUUCCAUUCGCUCUAGCCUGCUUGGUCAGGUUUGCAUUGAAACUUGUCUGUGACGUUUUCUCUGCUGACAGCAUUGAGGGACAGUUUCCUGGGAAAUUGUCCCAUUAUUUCUAUCAAAAGUACCAGUUCUCUAUCCUUGACUGA